CUCGAAACUGUUAAACUUUCAUCCUGGCUAUGCAAGUUUGAGUCUUUUGCCUUUUUUUCCAUAUUUUCCCCCCUGUUUUUUAAAGUAGAUUAUUACUCGAUUGGAGAAGAAACCCAGAAGUAUGUUUCUUUAUUUAAACACACUGUGAUUUUUUGCUGUGAGAGUAAUUAGUAGCACAGAAUCUGGGAAGCCAAGGAGUUGAGUGAUUAGGAUCUGACAUUACUGGGGGCUGUUUUUACUGGCUGAAUUGGAUUGAAGAAUCAUGUCACAGACCAACUGGGAAGCUGAUAAAAUGUUAGAUGUGUAUAUAUAUGAUUACUUAGUGAAGAGAGAUUUAAAAGCUACAGCUCAGGCUUUUCAAGCUGAAGGGAAGGUCUCGUCCGACCCUGUUGCGAUCGAUGCACCUGGCGGUUUUUUAUUCGAGUGGUGGUCAGUUUUUUGGGAUAUUUUUAUUGCAAGGACCAAUGACAAGCACUCUGAUGUUGCUGCAUCCUAUAUUGAGACUCAACUGAUGAAAGCAAGGGAGCAACAACAACAACAACAACCGCAGCAACAACAAUCACAACAACAGCAACAACCGCAACAACAACAACAACAACAACAAAUACAAAUGCAACAACUUUUAUUGCAAAGACAAGCUCAACAGCAGCAGCAACAACAACAGCAUCAACAGCAAACACAAUCACAACAGCAGCAGCAACAAAGGAGAGACGGAAACCAUAUGUUGAAUGGAACACCGAACGGAAUGGGAGGAAAUGACCCUCUUGUGAGACAAAGUCCGGGUGCAAAUGCAUUGGCUACAAAAAUGUACGAGGAAGGAUUGAAAGUUCCUGGGCAGAGGGAUCCUAUGGAUGAUGCCCCCACAAAGCAAAGGUUUGCUGAGAAUUCUAGCCAGCUGUUGGAUCCGGCUCAUGCUUCCAUUCUGAAAUCUGCUACUGCUGCAGCUGGUCAGCCCUCGGGUCAAGUGCUGCAUGGUGCAGCUGGCGGCAUGUCUCCACUAGUUCAGGCUCCGAGCCAGCAACUUCCAGGGUCUGCACCGGACAUAAAGCCUGAAAUCAACCCAAUGAUGAACUCGCGAGCUGCUGGUCCAGAAGGAUCAUUGGUGGGGAUUCCGGGUUCAAAUCAUGGUGGCAACAAUUUGACUUUGAAGGGAUGGCCCUUGACUAGUUUUGAUCAGCUUCGUUCUGGAAUUCUCCAGCAUCAGAAGUCUUAUAUGCAGGGCCCACAGCCUUCCUUUCAUCAACUACAAAUGCUGUCACCACAGCAUCAGCAUCAGCUGUUACUCGCUCAGCAAAAUUUAACGUCAUCCUCUGCGGGUAGUGAUGCUGAGAGCAGAAGGCUGAGAACGAUCUUCAAUAACCGGAACAUGCCUAUGGGGAAGGAUGGUCUCUCAAAUCUGGUUGGUGAUGUUCCAAAUAUGGGCUCAGUUCAGAAUAUGGGAUCACCUUUGCAGUUAAAAUUGGCACAGUUGCAGCAGCAACAUUCACAAAAUCCACAACAGCAGCUCCAGCAGCAUUCACUUUGUAGUCAGCAACCACAAAGUUCAAACCACAGUCUUCAGCAAGAUAAAAUUACGGGAUCUGGAGGUGUUACUGGGGAUGGCAGCAUUUCAAUUGACCGGGUUUCAAAAACCCAGAAUGGGAGAAAGAGGAAACAAACAGUCUCAUCUUCUGGACCUGCAAAUAGCUCUGGGACUGCAAACACAGCUGGGCCUUCCCCUAGUUCAGCCCCAUCCACACCGUCCACUCACACUGCUGGAGAUGCAAUGUCAGUUCCUCCAAUGCAACAUAGUGGCAAUUCUUCAAAGCCAUUAAUGAUGUUUGGAACCGAUAACAAUGGUGCUCUUACCUCACCUUCUAAUCAGUUGUGGGAUGGAAAAGACGUUGUGCAGGCCGAUAUGGAUCGUUUUGUGGAUGAUGGUUCUCUUGAUGAUAAUGUUGAAUCUUUUUUAUCUCCUGAUGAUGCUGACCCAAGAGACACAGUUGGCCGUGGUAUGGAUGUCAGUAAAGGGUUCACAUUUACCGAAGUAAACUCGGUUCGUGCAAGUGUGAGCAAAGUUGUCUGCUGCCACUUCUCGUCAGAUGGAAAACUGCUAGUGAGCGGUGGCCAUGAUAAAAAGGCUGUUUUGUGGCAUACUGACACCUUAAAGCCAAAAACAACACUUGAAGAGCACUCCUCACUCAUAACUGAUGUUCGCUUCAGUCCAAGCAUGGCCCGCCUUGCAACUUCUUCUUUUGACAGGACUGUUAGAGUUUGGGGUGCUGACAAUCCUGGAUACUCGCUUAGGAAUUUUACGGGGCAUUCUGCUAGCGUGAUGUCACUUGAUUUCCAUCCCAAUAAAGAAGAUCUGAUUUGUUCCUGUGAUGGGGAUGGUGAGAUCAGGUAUUGGAGCAUCAACAAUGGCAGCUGCACGCGAGCAAUCAAGGGCGGGACCGCACAGGUGAGAUUUCAGCCUCGUCUCGGCAGGUUUCUUGCAGCGGCUGCUGAGAAUGUCGUGUCCAUUCUUGACGUGGAAACGCAAGCAUGCAGGCAGACAUUAAAGGGCCAUACAAAACCUAUUCACUCUGUGUGCUGGGACCCAUCAGGGGAUCUCCUCGCUUCAGUUAGCGAGGACUCUGUCCGAGUGUGGAUGCUCGGUUCGGGAAACGAAGGGAAUUGUGUGCAUGAACUCAGCUCAAACGGCAACAAGUUCCACUCUUGCGUUUUUCAUCCUUCCUACUCCUCAUUGCUUGUUAUUGGCUGUUACCAGUCUCUGGAGCUAUGGAACAUGACAGAGAACAAAACAAUGACACUCCCAGCACACGAAGGAUUAAUAGCUUCGUUGGCUGUAUCCACAGCGGCGGGUCUGGUCGCUUCAGCCAGCCACGACAAGAUCAUUAAGCUUUGGAAGUAAAACAAAAAAAUAUAUGCAGGGGGCAUUUCCGUCUUCUGCUUUUGUUCUUUGACCCACUUGUUGUAUCUUCACCCCCAAACUAUAUUUAUUAGACAGUGUUUUCAUCUUUGAUCUGUAUUGUAUGUCUUGUGUUUACUGUUAGAUUUGUUUUUGUUUUUUCAGUGUAACUUGAACACUUCUGUACUGGGACCAAAACGAAAAUUAAUUUCAUCUGUGAUAUUUGAAAACUCUGUAGUAUUGGU